GCUUGCUUGUUUCCACUUCUGCUGGGGGUAAAACACCUUGAGCGUAAGAGAAGCCUAUUGCCAGCAAAGGUCGAUAACAAACAUGCGGCAAACAUGAAUCUCUAGCCAGUCAGGUCGACCACACAUUCUGUCACGAGACACGAUACACACAUAGCUUAGAUAUGAGCGUGGACAGCUCGGGAGCGAACACGGCCGUAUUCCCACGCACAGUUGUGUUUGAUAGGGCACAGGGCAAAGCCGUACCCAACGACCGUCUACAUCCCCACAUCGUGCUUCCGGCCACGGAAACUUUACCGGCUUCUCCCGGACCGGGCGAGCCUCCUCGGACCCAAGCCUCGCACAGAGAUGGAACUAAGUGGAAAAUACUACGGCUACCCGACGGACGUGUUACUUCAUCUGUUCAUACCCUCAGUCGUCACCGGCUUUCCAGCAUCGUUCCAUAA